AUGCACCGUCGCCACCUUGUGUCUGGUCUUCCCAGGUCCCUCCCUCCCCUCCCUGCCUCGCCUGCGCCGCCUUGCCUUCCUUGCGUCGAAGGGCGGCAGCGCGCCGCUCCUCACUCCUCCUCGUUCCCCCCGACAGAGGCUCCUCUGCAGACCCUCCACCUGGACGUGUGGGGCCCAGCCCGCGUUCGUGGUCAGGGCGGUGAGCGGUACUUUUUGCUGGUUGUCGACGACUACUCGCGUUACACCACGGUCUUCCCCUUGCGCACCAAGGGUGAGGUCCCUGCUGUUCUGAUCCCUUGGAUCCGCACAGUUCGUCUCCAGCUCCGCCGCCGUUUCCGGACGGAUCUUCCUGUCCUGCGUCUGCACUCUGACAGAGGUGGUGAGUUUUCCUCCGACCUCUUGAGGACCUUCUGUCAGGCGGAGGGCAUCGAGCAGACCUUCACGCUUCCGGACUCCCCACAGCAGAAUGGGGUUGCUGAGCGCCGCAUUGGCCUGGUCAUGGAGGUCGCUCGUACCUCCUUGGUCCACGCGGCGGCUCCCCAUUUUCUGUGGCCGUUUGCUGUCCGGUACGCCGCGCAUCAGCUCAACCUCUGGCCCCGUGUCUCCUUGCCGGAGACCUCGCCCACACUGCGUUGGACGGGGGAGGUUGGCGAUGCGUCGCGCUUCCGGGUGUGGGGUGCUCGUGCCCUUGUCCGCGAUACGUCCGCGGACAAGCUCUCCUCCCGCACGCUUCCCUGUGUCUUCCUUGGCUUUGUCCCUGACGCGCGUGGCUGGCAGUUUUACCACCCCACCUCGCGCCGGGUCUUCGCCUCUCAGGAUGUCACCUUUGACGAGUCGGUCCCUUUUUACCGUCUCUUCCCCUACCGCACUGCCCCCCUCCCUCCCCCGCCGCUUUUCCUUGCUCCUGGUCCCCCUCCGGUAGACCCCCUUCCCCCUCAGGGUCCUGCUCCUUCAGGUGUCUCUCAGGUAGACCCUCCUCCCGUCGCUGAGCCUGUCGAGGUCACAGGUGACUCAGGUGCUGCUGCAGGUGGUACUGCUGGGAGUGCUGAGCCUGGGGGUGCUGAGCCUGCGGGUGCUGGGCCUGGGAGUGCUGGGACUGCGGGUACUGGAGCUGAGGGUACUGUGCCUGAGAGUUUGCCGCCUGGGGGUGCUGAGCCUGGGGGUGCUGCGACUGGGGGUGCUGAGCCUGCGUGUGCGGAGUCUGGGGGUGCUGAGCCUGCGGGUACUGAGCCUGCGGGUACUGAGCCUGGGGGUGCUGCUACUGAGCCUACGGAGCCUCGGGUUACUGCGUCUGGGGGUGCUCCGGUUCGGGGUGCUGAGCAGUCUCUCACACCGCAGCAGCUUCGUGACUGGUACGUCCGGCGCUUUCGCCGUCCUAGUGGCUCGGCUGGAGUUUGGGGUCCUGGGGGUGCUCGUACUGGGGGUACUGGAGCUGCCGGGACUGGUUGUUCUGGGAGCACUGCGACUGGAGCUGCUGGAGCUGGGGACUCUGGCGCUGGCGGUGCUAGCGGAGUUGGAGCUGCCGACUCUGGGGGUGGCGCUGCUGCUGGUGCUGCGGACCCGCCUGGUGGAGCUGCUGCUGGAGCUGAGGACCCGAGCGGUGGCGCUGCUGCUGGUGCUGGGGACCCGGACGUUGGAGCUCCUGCUGGUCCUGAGGACCCGGCCGCUGGAGUCUCUUCUGCUUCUGGAGACGCUGCGCGGCCGCGACCGUACUUCGUACCGCUCCUUCAGCAGGUUCUUGGGCAGGCUCCUCCUCCUUGUCCUCCUCCCUCCGUAGAGUGUCCUCCGCCUGUCCAGCCGCAGUCACAGUUACCGCCUGCCUCACCUCUCCCUGCUCCCUCUCCUUACACUGGUCCCACAGGAGGUCUUACAGAGCGUCGUGAGCCUGAGUCUCGUCCUGCGUCGCCUGUUCGUCCUGCUCGCACUGGUAGUCGUGUCCGUCGUGAGCGUCCUCCUCCUGUCCCAGGCACUCACUACAUGACUCUGCGUCCCUCUACUGCUCCUCGGCGUGUCCCUCUACCGUCUCCUCCUGCGUCCUCUUUGCCUGCCGUUCCGGACCCUGAGUCUGACCGGUAUCACGCUGAGCACCCUACAGUCACGCGUCUCCUAGCUACUGUUGUCACUGACCCUACCUUUGAGUCCUCGGCUGCGUCUGCUCUGGUCGCUGAGUUGGUUGACUUUGCUGCUGCCUGUCGUCUAGACUACGCUGCUAGCCUUGUUGCUGAGCCUGAGUCUGCGUCUGUCUGUCCUCCGUCCGUCAGGGGUGAGUGUGCUCUUGGCACGGACGUCCUUGAGGACAGGCAGGAGGACUUUGACUCUCUUGCGGCUGCUGUACCUCAUCUCGUGGCCUGGUUGCUUGCCCCUGAGGGAGACCCGGAUGCACUAGACAUCCCCACUCCGCGCACUUACGCAGAGGCGAUCUCGGGUCCCUACUCCUCUCAGUGGCAGACAGCCAUGGACGCAGAGAUGGCAUCCUGGAAGUCCACAGGCACCUACGUCGACGAGGUUCCCCCUCCUGGGGCGAACAUCGUCGAUGGCAUGUGGAUUUUCAGGACCUUCUCCCCCACCCCGAAGAUGACCACUCUUCGGGUUCUGCUGCACGUUGCUGCUCAGCGUGACUACGAGCUUCACUCUCUUGACUUCAGCACAGCGUUCCUGCAGGGCAGCCUGCACGAGGAGAUCUGGCUGCGCCGCCCACCUGGCUUCAUUGGGUCGUUUCCUCCUGGUACCCAGUGGAGCCUCCGCCGGCCAGUCUACGGUCUCCGCCAGGCGCCACGUGAGUGGCACGACACACUGAGGACUACACUUGCGGCUCUUGGGUUCGCGCCGUCUACUGCUGACCCGUCGCUGUUUCUGCGCACAGACACGUCGCUGCCGCCGUUCUACAUUCUUGUGUACGUCGACGACUUGGUCUUUGCUACUGCUGACACUGAGGCACUCGCUCGUGUGAAGUCGGAGCUGCAGAAGAGACACACCUGCACUGACCUGGGUGAACUGCGUAGCUACCUUGGCUUGCAGAUCACCCGGGACAGAGCUCGCCGCACCAUCACCCUGACUCAGUCACACAUGGUGCAGCAGGUCCUUCAGCGCUUCGGCUUCCAGUUCUCCUCACCACAGGCCACACCUCUGGCUACCAGCCACUCGCUCUCAGCUCCACCUUCGGACGAGUCCGUAGAGCCGAGUGGCCCGUACCCAGAGCUUGUAGGCUGCCUCAUGUACCUGAUGACUUGCACGCGACCUGACCUCGCGUACCCUCUUAGCAUCCUUGCUCGUUACGUUGCACCUGGGAGACACAGGCGAGAGCACUGGGAGGCUGCUAAGAGGGUGCUGCGUUACUUGUGCAGUACAUCAGGCAUGGGGCUGGUGCUUGGAGGACACGACAGAGUUGUCCUCACUGGUCACUCGGACGCUUCUUGGGUGGACGACCUGGCUACGCAGCGGUCGUCACAGGGUUACACCUUCAGCCUUGGCUCUGGUUCUGUCUCGUGGCGGUCCACCCGCUCUUCCUCUGUUCUCGGCUCUAGUUGUGAGGCUGAGAUCUACGCCACAGCCAUGGCUGCACAGGAGUUACGCUGGCUCACCUACCUGCUGACUGACUUGGGAGAGCGGCCUAGUUCUCCUCCAGUUCUGUACGGUGACAACAAGGCGGCUCUUGCCUUGUGUCAGGAGCACAGACUGGAGCACAGGACGAAGCACAUUGCUCUUCGCUACUUUCUUGCUCGAGAGCUUCAGCAGCGCGGUCAGCUUCGGCUUGUGUACGUGGACUCGAAGGCCAACACUGCUGAUAUCUUCACCAAGGCGCUCCCGCCUAGUGAUCAUCAGCGGCACUGUACUUCUUUAGGCCUUGUGUCCACGUUUCCUCACUUGCUCACUGCUUGA